UUAUUACGGACGCAAAGUAGGCUAAUAUUAGACUCUGCGUCCGUAAAUGUAAAUGAAAGCCAAACACCUCCGUAUUUCGUCGUAUACUGCUGGUGCUCUACCUCGCCUUCACAUUGAAACGUCAUUAAAUCCGACCCCCGCACGCCGUGCAGAUAUAUCUACUUAAAAUUCCAUCAGUCCCGCUCUCCAAACAGCGCUCCCUGCUUGUGUGCCACUGGCUUUACUCCCGAAGUUUGGGGAGAACGAGGAACACCUCCAAGACCGGUUGAAGUCGUCUUCAUUGCGUGGCUUUCUUCUUUCUGACAAACUUGAUCUCCUCUAUUAGAGGGACACAGUAAAUACGUCUGACGUUAAACGCAAAAUUCAACAAACUUUGACAUCUUAGCAUUCACAAAUUCAUGAGAAAACAGCAAUCAAAAAGAUGAACUUGGACAUGGAUAAUCUGGACCCGGUGCCGUCAUUGAUUUCAACGAUUUCGUUUGAAGAUUCUGAUGAUGAUAACGAAACUACUACGAACAUGUUCGCACAGCCAGGCUGGCAAGUCGCGCUGUGGGCAAUAGCGUAUGCUCUGAUUGUAUUUGUGUCUGUCAUUGGAAAUGUCACGGUCAUUUGGAUAAUUCUGGCGCACAAAAGAAUGAGGACAGUGACCAACUAUUUCAUUGUGAGUCUGGCGUUCUCGGACGCUUCAAUGGCAGCGUUCAACACCGUGUUCAAUUUCGUUUACGCCUUGCACAACGACUGGUACUUCGGAUUAGGAUACUGCAGGUUUCAAAACUUCUUUCCCAUCACAGCAAUAUUUGCGAGCAUAUAUUCAAUGACAGCUAUUGCUGUGGACAGAUACAUGGCCAUCAUCCACCCACUGAAGCCCCGCCUCUCUUCUACCACCACGAAGGUGGUGAUUGGAGUGAUCUGGGCGGUGGCCUUCUCCUUGGCCUUCCCCCAGUGCUUCUACUCCAAAACCAAGUUUUACUCCCCCCGCACAGUGUGUCUGGUGGACUGGCCUGGUGACUAUGGGGGGAAGCACCAGCUCAGUUACCAGAUUGCAGUGAUCAUUCUGAUCUACCUACUCCCCCUGCUGGUAAUGCUGGUGACCUACAGCCUGGUGGGCUUGUCACUGUGGGGCAGCGAGAUACCAGGUGAAGCUUCAGACCACUAUCAGAACCAGAUACGGGCCAAACGCAAGGUGGUGAAGAUGAUGAUUGUGGUGGUGCUGACCUUUGCGUUCUGUUGGCUGCCCUUCCACAUCUACUUCCUCCUGGGCAGCUUCAACAAGGACAUCUACAAGCAGAGAUACAUCCAGCAGGUCUACCUGGCCAUCUUCUGGCUGGCUAUGAGCUCCACCAUGUACAAUCCAAUCAUCUACUGCUGUCUAAACCACAGAUUCCGGUCGGGAUUUCGCCGAGCCUUCCGCUGGUGUCCGUUCAUCCGGAUCUCGGAGGAGGACCAGAUGGAGCUGCAGCACAUGAGGACCUUCCAAAUGACCCGAAGCUACCGCACAGAGACCACGACCGCGGUCCACCGCAACUCCACCGAGCAGGAGGAGACCACAGCUAAACUCAUAAAGGCCUGAGCACAGCGCCCACCGCAGGACGAGGGAGCACAGGGAAGAAACAAACACGGGCUCUCGCGGACGUGUGCAGUCGAGCGCAGUCCUUCUAUCUCACUGAAUACCUCACAGGAGAGCAUAGGUCUUGGUGUUGAAAAGCGGCAGGAACACAGGGAGGAAAAUACAGUAAACUCCCAUGGCAUGAGCACUAAGCCUUACUCAUCACCGCCACUUCAUCACAGUGACAGUUUGCCUUUUCCCCUCAUUUUGAAAAUGUUAUCUGGGUGUUGUUUAAGUGUGUAACAGGGUGCAGGUGACUCUAGCUGUAAAUAGGUGCUUGUAUGUUGGAUGUAGUACAAUAUGUGCUGUGUGAUGUCAGUCGAUAGCUAUUCUACUGAUGAUAUUUUUCUGCUUAUCCUGCUUAACUGUUUUUCAAAUUUGAGACUGAAACAUGUGAUAGGUUGACAGAUCACACUGUAUAUAAGUGAGCCAGAAUAGAGGGAACAUUAUCAACACAUCCAGAUGAAUAUAAUGUUGGCUUUGAAAAACAGUCUGCUAUGUGUGAAAAAAAAAAUAUUCACUGUGAAGUCAGAGGACUCAAAUAUAGAGAAAACAAUGUACUAAGCACACAUUAUCAGUCUCAGGAGGAGACUCACAGAUGAAGUCAGACAGAGAGACAGACGGACAAACAGAGACUCAAACUUACACCUACUGCCUUCACCUUAUGUCCAGGGUGAGUAAUUACUCCAAUUUAGACCAGACAAGAAGGUGAAAGACUAGCUGUCUCCAAUGGGCAGGGACUCUGCCAGGAGUCCGGGGCCCCGUGAAAAGAUGCAACACAAUGAUGAUGACAUUGAUAAUAUUCUGCUCUAUUAAUCCAGACAUUUUGGGUAUCCAGCCUGUGGUUCUCUGAGCUAUUAACACUUCAUUGUAUCAGUAGUGUCCCAGUGUGUAGAUGAAUGUGUGAAAAAAGCCCUUAUUCCAAUCAUGACCAUCUUGUUAAUGUCCAUAAUGAGAUAAGUAAAACAUGAAACAUAAUGUAUAUUGUAUUGAAAUCAUUUUACACGAGGGAAAUAGUAACAAAUAAUUUUACACGAGGGAAAUAGUAACAAAGGUUCUACUGUUUGAUAUUGCAGGUUUAAAGACAUUAAGUAAAAAGGCUUAAAUACACCAGACUCCAGUGACAUGCUCCAUACUCUGGAAUCCAGUCCUGCCUAGGUGCUGGUUUUGUUUUUCAAUUUGUUUAGUCAUGGCACAGUAUUCACUCUUCUGGUUGCUUGUGCACCUACAAUUUACCUGUGUAAGCUGCAUGUGAAGUGCAGGGUGACUGGACAGCUCAGCUGGGGGACUGCAGAGUGACUGCACAGCUCAGCUGGGGGACUGCAGAGUGACUGCACAGCUCAGCUGGGGGACUGCAGAGUGACUGCACAGCUCAGUUGGGGGACUGCAGAGUGACUGCGCAGCUCAGCUGGGGGACUGCAGAGUGACUGCGCAGCUCAGCUUGGGGACUGCAGAGGGACUGCGCAGCUCAGCUGGGGGACUGCAGAGUGAUGAAUAUGGUGAUGAAGAAAAGUGGCAGCUGACUGGACAUGCUUGGAAGCUGCUAACCUGCUAGUUUGCAUCCACCUCAGCCGUAAUAUUUAUCCGUUAAAGUGGUAAUGCUGAUAAAAUGAAAUUGCUGAGCAUCACUUCACUGAAUGGCUGCAGGUUAGUGAAGGAGAGAGUGAAAUGGCAGUGAAACAUGUUUCUGUCCUUUUAGUGAAUCUUUUGCACAGGGUAUUUGAACCAAAGAUAUCGAAGUGAUGCUCUUGAUCCUGAUUGAUGUCAUGCCCUAGAACAAGGAACUGGUAGAUACUGUAAUUUUAUGACUCUUACGAUUCAUGUAAAUUUGGUAAAAGAAUGUCUAAAUGUUUUAAGUAUUGUACGUUCCUCUUGAUAGCAGCUUCUACUGAAGUAAUUCUCUAUUCUCUAUGUUAAGCAUAGACGAGAGCCAGUUCAGAGUAAAAUGAAGCACUAGAGAAAAUUGUGGUUGUAAUUAAGUGAUUGCAAUCGUUAUAGUUGAUAGAGAAUAAUCAAAGAGAGGUUUACUCAAAUACUGCUGGAGACAGACUGUUAGCUCUGCAUCAGCCUUAUACUGGUUCCCAAAACAGAAGCCUUAUACGGUACUUCAAGCCAGUGAACUGGGAAUGCGAGAAAAAAGAUGACUUUAUGCAUUUGACUUCACGUCAAAAUAAAAUUUCAUUUAUUCUGUUACACUGGUUUCAGGAACACUAAUGCAUCUGUUGCAGUAUACAAAACAAACUGGUCCCGAACUGCUGUGUCUCGGAAUAGGGCAUGCCUUGAUCACAUGGUUGUUCAGCAGAUAAAGUUACAGGUUGUGCUACUGCAGCAGGCGCAGACAGUCCUCAUUCAUCCACAGGACACGCAAAGCAGCAUGAGAGUGUACUCCCUUUCACUCCCCAUACACAUUUAUUCAACUUCAUCGUGCACACAGGGGUCCCAUAAAACCAGCACACGCUUCUGCUCGCUUCAUCAUUGGGCUCUUAUUUUUUAAGACAGGGGAGGGUUGUAAUGGCAGAAGAUUUGAUGGAGGUGUAAUUUUAACCUUAUUGAAAUGUCACGGUUGUCAGCAGUGCCUAAUGAGAGCUGGGUAAGCACAGUGAUGGUUGGGAGAGCAGCCGUGAUGCGCUGCAUCUGACCUCGUAA